CGCUCCUACUGUAAAUACACAAAACCUUGCUGCAUCCACCAAAAACCCUAGUGAAGCUCGACACCAAUGGCCGAGUCCUCUUCAUCCAAGCAAAACCAAAGGAAGAAGGCAACGAAACCAAAGAAGACUCGCGAGCUAAGCGCACCCGACCCGGCCCGCCUCAGCUCUCUCUCAUGGAACGAGUCCUUCGCCGGCGACGACGAUGCCUUCGCUCUCCUCGCCGGCGGCGACGAAGGAGGGUUUCUGACGCUGGAAGAGAUCGACGAGGCGGAUUACGGGUUCAUAGGGGGAGUAUCGGGUCUGGAUCCGAAGGGGAGUGUGGAUUCGAAGAAGAGGAAGAAAGGGAGCGGAGAUUUGGAUGAUCCACGCGUUGAUCGGGCCGAGGAGGAUGAUGCUAAGAAGAAAAAGAAGAAGAAGAGUAGGAGGGAACGGAAGAAGAAUAAGGAGAAGAAGAAGAAUGGAGGGUCCACUGAAAUUGAUGAUGAAGAGCAAUGCCCAGCGCUAGUUCCCAUUUUGGCUGAUGAACCUGCAAGGAAUGACAUUGAGGAUGAUGCUGAGGAUGGAAUGCUUCUUAAUGAUGAUGACGUCUAUGCAUGGAAGGAAUUGAGGCUUCAUUCUCUUCUCAUUAAAUCAAUGCGCAGAUUGGGAUUUAGAGAACCCACACCCAUCCAGAAAGCUUGCAUUCCAGCUGCUGCCCAUCAAGGAAAGGAUGUUAUUGGUGCAGCAGAGACAGGUUCGGGAAAGACACUUGCAUUUGGGCUGCCAAUUUUGCAACGCCUUCUUGAUGAACGGGAAAAGGCUACUAGAUCACUCCAAAAUGGAGAGAAUUCAGCGGAAAUUUUCAAGGGAGGGCCUCUCAGGGCUUUAAUAAUCACCCCUACGAGGGAGCUUGCCUUGCAGGUCUGUGAUCAUCUAAAAGCGGCAUCCAGGAAUAUUGAUAUUCAAGUUGUUCCCAUAGUUGGUGGCAUGUCUUCAGAAAAGCAGGAAAGGCUUUUAAAAAGAAGGCCUGAAAUUAUUGUUGGAACUCCAGGAAGAUUAUGGGAUCUUAUAUCUGGAGGAAAUCAACAUCUUGUUGAGCUGCACUCUUUAUCUUUUUUCAUCCUGGAUGAGGCUGAUAGAAUGAUAGCAAAUGGUCAUUUUCGAGAAUUACAGUCUAUCAUUGACAUGCUUCCAAUGUCUGGUAAUUCUGCGGAACACUCCUCCCAGACCAAUCAUACUUGCACAACUGUUCCAAAUCUGCAGCGGAAGAAGAGGCAAACGUUUGUGUUCUCUGCCACACUAGCUUUAUCUGACAAUUUUCGUAAAAAACUUAAGAGGUCAUCAUCAGCUUCAAAACCGGCUAACACUGAAGGAAUAAGUUCUAUUGAAACACUUUCGGAGCGAGCAGGAAUAAGAUCUGAUGUUGCAAUUGUUGAUUUGACAAAUGCAACUAUUAUGGCUGAUAAGCUUGAAGAGUCAUUUAUUGAGUGCAGUGAGGAAGAUAAAGAAGCUUAUUUAUAUUACAUUUUAAGUGUUCAUGGCCAAGGGCGAACAAUUGUUUUUUGCACAUCAAUUGCAAUUUUGCGCCGGAUAUCGAACUUAUUGCUCACACUUGGUAUGAAAGCAUGGACUCUUCAUUCUCAAAGGCAACAAAAAGCCCGCUUAAAGGCAAUUGACAAUUUUCGUGCAAAUGAGAAUGGAGUACUGAUUGCUACUGAUGUUGCUGCAAGAGGCCUUGAUAUUCCUGGUGUCAGAACUGUUGUUCAUUAUCAACUGCCACACUCAGCAGACGUUUAUAUUCACAGAAGUGGUAGAACUGCACGUGCUUCUGCUGAUGGUUGCAGCAUUGCAUUAAUUUCUCCUAGUGACAAAACAAAGUUUGUCUCCCUAUGCAAAUCAAUGUCAAAGGAAAGCUUUCAGAGGUUUCCUUUAGAUGAUAGCUACUUGCCUGGACUAAUGAAACGGUUAAGUCUUGCACGCCAAAUAGAUGAGCACAAGCGGAAAACCAAGCAGGAAAAUUCAAAGAAGAGCUGGCUUGAGCGUAAUGCUGAAUCUUUGGAGCUGACGGUGGAGGACAGUGGUAGUGAAGAAGACACAGUGCAUGCCCAUAAGCAGAAGAAGAUCAGUUCUCUUCAUUUAAAGAGACUGGAGCAGGCUCUGAAUGAUCUUUUAGCGCAGCCUCUGCAACCAAAAACAUUUUCAAGGCGCUAUUUUGCUGGGGCUGGCAUUUCCCUGCUUCAUCAGAAGCAGUUUGAAGAGAUAUCUAAAAUGAAAACAGCAGAAAAAUUGCAAUCCAAAGAUAAAAGGAGAGCAAAAUUUGUUGUAAUCGGUCAGAAUUCUGUUGAACCACUUGAAGCUCUUCGGUGUUCUGGGCAAGAGGUUUCAUUUAAUCCAGAUAGAGCUAGGGAAAAUCGAAAAACAGCAGUCGACUUGAAAAGAAAACGUCGUGAGGAAAAGAAGAGAGCACGUGAUCAACGAAAAAACGAAAAGAAAAGGCGGAAAGGAGAAAGCGCAUAGAGAUACUGUGCUUUGCAAUGCGUAGAAUGUACUUCUGCCAGCAUAUGCUCAAUGAGAGGAGGAAGAAAAGCAACAAGAUUGUUAUUGGUUCUCACGUCUCUAAGAUGUUAAAUUUUUUCUGGGGUGGUGAAAAUUUUUUUCUUCUUAUCUUACAUCAAUGUAAAUUUGUGAUGCUUUGAGUAUAGGGAGCAUCGUUUAGUAAGUUAAUUAUGUUCCAGAGGCAGCUUGUAUCUGUACGCUUGUCAUUUGCUUGCAAAAUUAUUGUGUAAAAAUCUGUUGUACAAUUAGAAGCAGACACAAUUUGCUUCCACAGUUUGUUAAAACACGCACAGUUUGUUAGAGGAUUCUUUCUAAUGAGAAAACAAACAUCUCACUGUUUCUGUUA